UUGAACCGAUCACUAGAAUUAAACUUAAUGCUAGGACUAAGAAUCAUUGUGUUUAGUUGUGAAAAUUUUAACCUAAUUCGGUUUAAAAUUCACACAAACAGGUCUGGCUUCUACAUGGAUGUGAUAGUAUUAAAGGCUUUCUGGCAUUGCACUACACUUAAUGUACCCCCUCUAGUUCAUUGUUUGAGAGGGUAGGUUAAUGAAUUUGGCCUUCAUUUUUACACUUCUUAGAGUUACUAUGUUAAAGAGUCUCCUUGCUCUCUAAUAUACCAAAUUACUCUAAAAAUGGUAUUGUAAGCGAAAUUCUACAGUAUUCCGCUGAGGUUCCCUGGUGGACCUAGGAGCUUGGGGCCUUCUUUAGGUUCCUUUUCAGUUUAGAUUUGCCUAAAUUUCUGGAAAUCAUUAAGGUGUCCUCCAGAGCAUUUUUCAAACUGGUAGAUGGUAUUCCAAGAAAUAUGUAAACUCAACACUGUUCUUCAUGAUUCUUUCUACUAACACAGUCGUUUGAGAGGUUCAUAGUGGUAUUUUCUUAGAUUUAAGCUCCUCUCUUCACUAAAUAACAGCAGAGACCCAUCCAAAAUUUCUUUAACAAGGAGUGAAUAUCCAGAUGAAUCCCUUGUCUCUGUUGAUAGAGGCUUCCAAGUGUGAUAGUUGAUGAGUAUGGCUUAUUAAGUAUCCUCCUUUACAGCUAAUAAUUGCAUCUCAAGUUCUUAUCCUGAUAUCUAAGAUAAAGAACUUUCGAGUUUGGCAUCGAAUAACCAAGACCAAACCUCUGUAGUGCCUCCAGUGCUGCUGUAGAUCUGUAGAGACAGACCUAAUGAAACACAAGGAAUUCUGUGUUACUUUAUGACUAAAAUUCUCACAAUUUUGAGGUCAUAUUCGUUGCUAUUUCAAAUUGGCGCAACUUCUUUAGCACUAUUAUUUUCAUAAAGAUUGUUUGACUAAUCUAGCUGCUAAUAGCAUCUAAAGGGCUAGUUUUGGAUUAAUUUCGGCUAAAAGUCAUCCCUGAAGUGGCUCCAAAACUGAUAUUUGGUUUAAGUAAUUGUGUGAAUCCAUUGGCAAGAAAU